CCGGGGGCCUCGGGAGCUGCAAGGGACCGGCGCAACGCGGGGGACCCCGGGCCGGCCGGCGAACAGCGACUUGCCUUCCCCAGCGGCCAGGCUGUGCAGGGCAAGAUGGGGCCGGGCUCGGAGCGCGCGCUCGUCCUCCUCCUGCUGCUCGUCGCCUGCCCCGGAGCGCGGGCUUCCCAGAGCUGUCUCAACAAACAGCAGCUCCUCACAACCAUCCGCCAACUGCAACAGCUGCUGAAGGGCCAGGAGACCCGCUUCGCGGAAGGCAUCCGGAGCAUGAAGAGCCGGCUCACCGCGCUGCAAAACUCUGUUAUCAAAGUGGCCCCAGAUGCCCCUCCAGUUUCCUGCCCCGCUCUGGACGACCCUCCUGACGGCAAGAAGUUUGGAAGCAAGUACUUAGUAGACCACGAAGUCCAUUUCACCUGCAAUCCUGGAUUCCGGCUGGUUGGGCCCAGCAGCGUGGUAUGUCUGGCUAAUGGCACAUGGACCGGCGAGCAGCCCCACUGCAGAGACGUCAGCGCAUGCUCCAGCCAGCCUUGUCACCAUGGCGGGACGUGUGUGGAGGGCGUCAACCAGUACAGAUGCAUCUGUCCUCCAGGAAAGACUGGGAACCGCUGCCAGCAUCAGACCCAGGCUGCGGCCCCCGAGGGCGGUGUGGCCGGCGACCCCGCCUUCAGCCGCGCCCCGCGUUGCGCGCAGGUGGAGCGCGAGCAGCACUGCAGCUGCGAGGCAGGGUUCCACCUGAGCGGGACCUCGGGCGGCGACAGCAUCUGCCAGGAUGUGGACGAGUGUGAGAUCUACGGGAAGGAAGGACGCCCCCGGCUCUGUAUGCAUGCCUGCGUGAACACCCCUGGCUCCUACCGCUGUACCUGCCCCAGUGGAUACCGGAUCCUGGCAGAUGGGAAGAGCUGUGAGGAUGUUGAUGAGUGUGUGGGCCCACAGCACACGUGCCCCCGGGGGACCACGUGCAUCAACACCGGAGGCGGCUUCCAGUGCGUCAGCCCUGAGUGUCCUGAGGGCAACGGCAACAUCAGCUACGUGAAGACCUCUCCCUUCCAGUGCGAGCGAAACCCCUGCCCCAUGGACAGCAGGUCGUGUCGCCACCUGCCCAAGACCAUAUCCUUCCAUUACCUCUCUCUACCUUCCAACCUGAAGACGCCCAUCACGCUCUUCCGCAUGGCCACGGCCUCAGUCCCCGGCCAUCCCGGGCCCAACAGCCUGCGCUUCGGGAUCGUGGGUGGCAACAGCCGUGGCCACUUUGUCAUGCAGCGCUCAGACCGGCAGACGGGGGAGCUCAUCCUUGUGCAGACCCUGGAGGGGCCUCAGACUCUGGAGGUGGACGUUGACAUGUCGGAAUACCUGGAACGCGCCUUCCAGGCCAACCAUGUGUCCAAGGUCACCAUCUUUGUGUCUCGCUACGACUUCUAAGGACGCCGUGGCGGUCGGGGGACUGGGGUUUGAGAUCUGGGCUGCUUUCUCUUCCCUAAGGAGACAGCUGUGGGCGAGAGCUGUGACGGUCAUCUCUCCUCUCUGUCCUGCCCCCAGUCACUUUGCUUCUGGAGCAAUGCUGUGCUCCGGCCCAUGGGCUGGAACCGAAGGGAAGCCACAAAACAAAUGCUAUGCCACCAUCACUCUACUUUUUUUUUUUUUUUUUUUUUUUUUUUUUUCUGCUUUAAAGCCCACCCUUAUCCCCUUAGGAGACAGCACAGAAUGUUAUGGGAAUGACCGCGUGAGUUUGAAUGAGCUGACGUUGGAGAGGGGCUCAUGUGUGUGUCAGAGACAAUGGCCAACUGUUCUGCUUUCUCUGGCUGAGCGUGUUCUGAAUCUGUCAUGGUCUCAUGCCCCUGUGAGGUACCCACCGUGAUGCUUUCCCACAGUCCAGCCAGUCCUGUCCUCAGAGGGCUGCAGGAGAGCCCGGGAACCCCGAGUGGAUCCUCCUAGACCAAGGUCUCAGCAUUAAAUCAUGGAUUUUGCCAGAG